UUACGGACCAGGCUUACGAAGUGUCGAACAGCUGUUGAAAAUUACAAUUUGCUAUAGGUUUGCAGUCAAUUUAAUGAGAUUUAGAACCAAUCAUUGCAGUAAUAUGUUGCCUUCAAAACAAAUAAAACAACAAUAGUUAACGCAACGUUUCUAAAACUUAAAAAAACAACAAUAAACGAAAACAAAAAACAAAAAGUUAAAAACUUGAUAACCAAAAGUGGCCUGCAAAACGAAGCAAAAACCCAGAAAUGUGAUUCAAAGUGCGCAAUGUAACAAAAAACGUAAACAAUUUUGUUUUGAUUAACAAAAUAAAUAAAUAAAAAUAUAAAGAAAAUAAAAAAGAGUAAAAAUAAAAUAUAAGAAAAACAAACAGCAAUACAAAUGGAACUCAAGACAGUGUGCAGCAGGUCAAGUAGCGAAUUAGCAGCCAUCGUCAAUGAUUAAAGAAGAGAUAGAUUGAUAGCUCGUUACGUCGCCGUCGUCGGAGUCGCAGUCGUCUUAGUUAGUUUUAGACGUAGACCCCUCAAUGCCCGCACAGCAAUAGCAGCAACAACAGCAACAACAGCAACAACAUCAACAACAUCAACAGUCACAUCAACAGUUCUAGGACAUUAGCCAACUCACAGUUACAGUACCAGAGACCCAGAGAGAGUGGGAGACAAAGAGUGUAAGCAAGGGAAAGAGAGCGAGAGAUUGACCCCAACAUGGACAUCAAGAUUGAGCAGCAACAGCAGCAGCAGCAGCAACAACAACAACAGCAGCAGCAGCAGCAGCAAGCAGAACUGGGGCCAGUUUCUCCUUCAGAGGUGCCCAAUGAUCCUGGCAAAAUGUUCAUUGGCGGCCUCAGUUGGCAGACAAGUCCAGAGAGCUUACGUGAUUAUUUUGGCCGCUAUGGCGAUAUCUCUGAGGCAAUGGUUAUGAAGGAUCCCACGACUCGCAGAUCCAGAGGCUUUGGCUUUGUCACAUUCAGCGAUCCAAAUAGCGUAGAUAAGGUACUCACCCAAGGCACACAUGAGCUGGAUGGCAAAAAGGUGGACCCGAAAGUAGCUUUUCCGCGACGUGCACAUCCCAAGAUGGUGACGAGAACGAAGAAAAUCUUUGUGGGCGGCCUCUCAGCGCCCACCACGCUGGAGGAUGUCAAAAGCUACUUUGAACAGUUUGGUCCGAUCGAGGACGCCAUGCUGAUGUUUGACAAGCAGACCAAUCGGCACAGAGGUUUUGGCUUCGUUACAUUUCAAAGCGAAGAUGUGGUAGACAAAGUUUGCGAAAUUCAUUUCCAUGAGAUAAACAACAAAAUGGUCGAGUGCAAGAAGGCGCAGCCGAAGGAGGUUAUGCUGCCGGCAAAUCUGGCCAAAACCCGUGCGGCCGGUCGCUCUGCUUACGAUAACAUCAUGUGGGGUCUGGGGACAUUGCCCGAAGGUUUUCCGGCAGCUGCGUAUGCUGCUUAUGCCGCUGGUCGCGGCUAUUCGGGUUAUCCCAGCUUUGGACUACCCUAUCCAACUGUUGAUCUAACCAAUGGGCAGCUGACACCCAACAACAACACACCGCUGCUAACACAGGCACUUUCGGUGAUGAACAACUAUCAGGCGGCUGCUGCAGCUGCUCACAGCUUUGGUCCGUCGGCCUCGCCACAUGCACAGGCAGCCACCACGGCCACACGGCAGGGUUUUCCGUCAACCAACUCGCCCGGACCAACCAUUGACAUGUACAGCUCGGCUGGUGCCGACAAUGUGGGCUAUGUUCAGACCACUAGUCCGCAGCCGUCGGGCUUUCCCAUUGCCGUAAGCCGUGCCCCGUUGAACUACAGCCCGGGACCACUAAUUCCUGCGGCAUUUACAAAUGGAUACCAUUAAAAGGUGGCGCCGACAACCGCAAUGACAACAACAACAACAACAACAACAGCAACAGCAAUAAGCAAGCAACAGCAACAACAACUAAAACACAAACAACAACAGCAACAAAAAAUGACAACAGACACGAAAAGUAACUGUAAUGCUGCAACCACACACACACUCACACACAUACACAGACACAACAUUAAUUGAAAAGUAUAACUACGUAUAUAUUACUUAUAUACUUACAAAUAUACAUAAUGCAUAUGUAUGUGUGUCAAUAUAUAUACAUACACAUAUAUAUAUUUCUACAUUGCAAAUGAAAAAUCUGUUAAGCAGCCAAGCAAAGCCCAAUAAACCAAAAAUACACCCACACUCACACACAUACAUAUUACAAUUAAUUAAUUAACGUAUAUACAUAAACACAUACAUUUACAUAAAUAUAUAUAUAUAUAUAUAUAUAAAUCUAUAUAUAUACAUAUAACAAAUGAUAGAACGCAGCGCAAGCAAACCAAAAAACAACAAAAAAUGAAGAUACAAAAAAAACUAUGAACGAACAAAAAAAUUAAUUUUAAUUUAAUGACAACAACUACAGCAGAAUGAAGAAGCAGAACAACAACAAUAUAACCAAAUAACCAACCACGGCAGCCGCAGUCCUGUUCCUCCUCCGCCCGCCCCUCUCUGCGAUCCCCCUAAAAAGAUGCAACGUGUGCAGCAAAAAUCGUUUAAAAUGCAAAUUAAACGAAACUGCGUCAAGUGCAGCGGGUAGGCGGCGGGUAGGCGUGGCCUACACACACACACACACACACAAAGGCAAAGACAAACACAGCAAUAUGAAGGCCGGCCUGGAGGAGAAUGAUGACAACACUGUGCCAGGGGCCGAAGCGUCACCAUUUUUAAGUAAUGAGAAAACCAAAAAAUAACAACAAAAAAAUACCAAAAUGUAAA